UCAGAGAGCUUUCCAAAAGUCUAUUUAAAUACCUAAAACACAUAUUCUUCGUACACGUCACUUGAAACAUUCUAUGAAAGAUAAUUCCCGACUUAUUCUCCCAGUAAACGUCCCGGACACCAUAGCUUUACACUUUUACGCGUCGAUGGUGUCUGGGUUCCUGACUACCUUCAACUCUAUGCCCUUCGACAUCACCAAGACCAGAAUACAAAACAUGAAGAGCACCGACAAAUUACCAGGUAUGUUCGCGGUAAUGAUGUCCAUCGCAAAAACCGAAGGAAUAGGAUCUCUGUGGAAAGGUUUUUGGCCGACUUAUUGCAGAAUAGGCCCGCACACUGUGUUAACUCUCGUUAUCAAUGAACAAUUAAUGUAUUUACUGAGACUACUAUACGAGAAGCGAUAAGAAGCAUACCUAAUUUCGAAACUAGUACUUUUGCACGUUGCAU